UUUUACGAACGUGCAGGAGGCUGAUUUAUUCUAAUCUAUAGAAUCAAUCAACCUGUGAUACCAAUUCAAGAAUAUUGAGAAAUAACAAAAUUUGAUAAAGUGCUCAAUAAAUAAAUUGCCUGCAAAACAGUGAUAUCUGCAUAAAGACACUAUUUUUUAAUUUGCAAUGACCUUUGGAGCGUGAUAAUCCAAUCUUGAGUGAACUCUUAUCUGAACAAAUAACACAGUCAACAACGUUCAGAUAUAGAUUGAAGUCGUGACAAGAUGGCAGUCAACUCCACACCGGAGCACUUGUUGAUUGAACAGUUCGGAACCAUGCGCCGGAUUACCAUAAAUAAUCCGCGCAAGAAAAAUGCAAUCAAUCAACAAGCAUAUCGAGACCUGGCGGAUCAAUUGACCGUUGCUGACAGAGAUGACGGUGUAACGGUGCUUGUCCUAACCGGAGCUGGAGAUUUCUACAGUUCUGGAAACGACAUCAGUGCUUUGAUGGUGAGCGAUCAGCCGGUCGAACAACGGUUAGAAUCCUCCCACGGUGCUCUGGCACGAAUGGUAAAAGCGUUCUAUUCGUUCAGUAAGCUGCUGGUAGGGGUGAUCAAUGGGCCUGCUAUUGGAAUCGCUGGAACUACAGCUAUGCUGUGUGACGUUCUGUAUAUGGAAGAAACGGCAUACUUCUACACUCCAUUCACGGCGCUGGGCUUAUGCGCUGAAGGUUGCUCAUCGUAUACAUUUCCGAAGCUAAUGGGGGCCAGUAAGGCAUCGGAGAUGUUACUGCUCAACCAUAGAAUGAGCGCCCAGGAGGCGUUCCAGUUUAACGUAGUGGCUGAGCUAUUCAAACGUGAAGAAUUUGAAACAAAACUUUGGCCACGAAUUCUGCGGUAUGGGGAGUUGCCUGUAGGAUCGAUCAAAGCCACUAAAGAACUAAUGAAAAGAUUCGAUCUAGACAAACUUGAGGAAGCCAACAAGCGGGAACUCGAGGCACUGGCCAAACGAUGGCAAACGGAAGAAGCGAUGCAGGCCGUUAUGAAUUUCAUGACGCGAAAAAGUAAAAUGUAACAACUUCAAUUCAUAUUGAGUUAUUUUCAAACAACAUGCUACCGAUAAGUAUGUUCAUCAUUCUGAAGUGCAAUAAACACUCCAUUUUUUGCAACGGUA